GCCAAAUGUCUCUGUGUGUGUGUAUAUUUCUAUAUCUAUAUAUCUAUCUAUCUUCCUUGUUCUUUUAUCUCUCUUUUCAGUUGUCUACAACUUCACAUAAUCAUUCAGUCAUGUUACUCAUCGCCAUAAACACUGUUAGACUUCCCUGUUACAGCCAAAACAUGCAAACCAAAAUUCCAUAUUCAGCAGGCAUUCGUUCAAAAUUGCUACCACGUCCAAGUGUUGAUAAAGUUUCUCUCAAUGAAGAAAAGAAAUUUAUAACAAGAAGCAAGCUUCUUGAGAAAGCUAGGCUAUCAGUUUCUUCCUAUGAUACUGCAUGGGUGGCUAUGGUUCCUUCUAAAGAAUCAAGAGAGAAGCCAAUGUUUCCAGAAUGCUUGGAAUGGGUUAUGAAGAAUCAACAUCCUGAUGGAUCAUGGUGCUCUAAUUACCCAGGGCAUCCCCUGCUUGUAAAGGACUCUCUCUCUUCUACUUUGGCUUGUGUGCUUGCCCUUCAUAAAUGGCAACUCGGGGAUUCACUUGUCCAAAGAGGACUAGAAUAUAUUGAGGCCAAUUGCUGGGCUGCUACCGAUGAAAAACAACUCACACCAAUUGGGUUUGAUAUUAUAUUUCCUGCCAUGAUCGAACUUGCAUUGCAAAAUGGAUUAGAGCUUCCUUUGGACUCAUCUUUGCUUGAUGGAUUGCAGCUAAAGCGAGACACUGAAGUUACAAGAUGUGAUCUGAAAGCAACAAAAGCCUAUCUGCUAGAAGGAAUGGGAGGGAACUUUGAGUGGGAAGAGAUAAUCAAACAUGGAAGAAGAAGUAAUGGGUCCUUUUCCAAUUCACCGUCAGCAACUGCAGCUGCUCUCUUCCACAACCACAACCAACCAUGUUACAAUUAUCUCAGCUCCCUUUUGAUGCAAUAUGAUAAUGCAGUUCCCACGGUCCAUCCAUUAGAGAUAUACAAUCAGCUUCGUACAAUUGACAAUUUCCAGAAGUUUGGACUUGAUAGAUAUUGUAGAAAUGAAAUUGAAAAUGCUUUGGAUAACAUAUACAGAUAUUGGAUGCUGAGAGAUGAAGAGAUUUGUUUAGACAUUAACUGUUGUGCACUGGGAUUUCGUUUAUUGCGAAUGAACGGAUAUGAUAUUUCUUCCGAGGCAUUGUCACAAUUCUCAGAAGAAAAACAUUACUUCAGUUCAGUGAGUCCACAAUUCAAAAAUACAAACACAAUCUUGGAGUUAUUCAAGGCCUCAAAGAUAAUGAUAUACCAAAAAGAACCUGUUCUUGAGAAGUUAGAAGCAUGGACAGGUUCUUUCUUGAAACAGCAAAUGCUUACAGGCGCUAUUCAAGAUCAGAGACUACGUGAAGAGGUGGAUCAUGUUCUAAAAUAUCGUUACGACAGUUUAGAUUUUCUUGAGAGCAGGUGGACAAUCGAGCAACAGAAAACAGACACCGUUCAGCUUCUGAAAACGUCUUAUAGGAGUCUCAAUGACGACAAUAAAAAUAUAUUGGCACUGGCAAUCCAAGAUUACAACAUGUGUCAAUCUUUAUAUCAAGAAGAAUACAAAGAUCUUGAGAGAUGGAUCAAGGAUUGCCGAUUCGAUGAGCUGAAAUUCGCUAGGAUUCGUUUACUCAAUUGCUGCUACGCCAACACUGCAAUCCUCGUCGCGCCUGAACUGGCAGAAGCUCGCAUCUCCAUUGCUAAAAAUUGUGUCAUGGCUACUGUUUUUGAUGACUUUUUUGAUAUUGCCGGUUCUCAGGAAGAAUUGGGAAACCUAAUUCAGUUGGUUGAGAGGUGGGGAGAAACUUCAUCUGUCGGCUUCUAUUCUAAACAUGUUGAGAUCAUUUUUUCAGCAUUGGAAGACAUGAUUAAAGAGCUUGAUGCCAUUGCAUUCAAAUAUCAUGGAAGAAGUGUCGAACGCCACUUAGUCCAAAUCUGGCAUGAUUUACUGAAGUCUAUGAUGAAAGAGGCUGAAUGGGCUCGAGGAAAUGUGAUACCACCACUAGAUGAAUACAUGGAAAAUGCUUACAUUUCGUUUGCCUUGGGACCUAUCUGUCACAUAACGACCUACUUUCUUGGGACAACACUGCCUGAGAAAGUGAUGGCCGGGCCAGAAAUCUAUAAUCUCUUUAAGCAUGUCAGCUUGGUUGGACGACUUCUCAAUGAUCUGAUAUCUCUCAAGAUAGAGCGUGAACAAGGUAAAUACAACAGCGUACAUCUACGUGUACUUCAUAGUCAAGGGACCGUGACAGAAGAAGAAGCCAUUGAAGAGACAAAAAAAGAAAUUGAAAAGUAUAGGAAAGAAAUGCUACGGCUUGUGGUGCAAAAGAAAGAAAUUUCACUUCCAAAACCUUUCAGGGAUUUUUUUUGGAGGUUCUGCAAUUUACUGCACUACUUUUACAUGGACAAUGAUGGAUACUCGAAUCCAAAAACUAAGAUGGCUAAUGAUGCAAAGGCAGUUCUCUGGGAACCAAUCACUCCAUAAUUCUUAAAUCAGCAAAAGUAGCAAGUUGAUACUUGUCCGGUGUUUGUCUUGGGUUUAUAGACUCACUCUCAGUUUAACUUUUUAUCCCUGCACUUCACCUGCCUUAUGUUCAAAGCAGGAAAAAUAAUUUUUUUUUGUGAGCAGCAGUAAGAUUGCAAUUACCUUUUUUUUUUUUAUAUAUAUAUUUUGAAACAUCAAAUAUGACUAAAAACAAUUUUCUUUUAAUUUCUUAUAAUCAAUAUAUUCAAGAGGAAUACUCUUCUCAUCAGCAAUGCCAAUCAGAACCUAUGGAUAUUUAGGAUUCAUUAAGUAAUUGGAAAGUACAUAUAGAAAUUCGAAUCAAUUUUGAUUUCAAUAU